UGAUGGGUAGGGCCCCUUGCUGUGAUAAGGCCAAUGUGAAGAGAGGACCUUGGUCUCCUGAGGAGGAUGCAGCUCUUAGGAGCUAUCUUGAGAAGCACGGCACUGGUGGUAAUUGGAUUGCUCUCCCUCAAAAAGCUGGCUUGCGACGUUGCGGGAAGAGCUGCCGCCUUCGGUGGCUGAACUAUCUCCGGCCUGACAUAAAACAUGGCGGCUUCACCGAAGAAGAAGAUAACGUAAUCUACACUCUCUUCAGAAACAUUGGCAGCAGGUGGUCCGUUAUAGCCUCUCAUUUACCUGGAAGAACUGACAACGACGUCAAAAACUACUGGAACACCAAACUCAAGAAGAGACUGUUAACUCCAGCGCCAGCUCAGCAGGCUCCACCGCCAUCAGCAGCAGCGCCACCACCGUUUCCGUCAUUUUCCGGCGACCCUUUUGACAAUGGAUUCAUAAGUUUCGGCGAGGAGUCAUACAGAUUUCUCUCAGAGCUCCCUCCAUUGCCAAUGCCAGCUGCCAAUGUGAAGACUGAAACUGACAGCUCAGCAGCCUCGUCGUCGGUCGAGAACUGGUCCGCUACCGGUGCGUCCACCGUCCACGGGGACACUUUUCUCUCAGAGCUUGGGUUUGAUUCUUACAGUGAGCUCCUCAGUGGUUACGGAGAAGUUAGUUAUUAACUAGAACGUUCAAUGUUUAAUCAUGAUAGAAACAGUAGGAUUAGCUGGUGAUGAUGUAAAAAUUAAUUUGUGGGCUUGACAUCUAACUUCGUAUUAUCUUGAUUACGGUGUUAAUUAAUGUUAUGUUUUGGAUUUUAAUGAAGUCAUGGGAUUGGCAAUGAA